AUAAAGUGUCAUAUUAUCCAGUCUAGUUCUGGGAUUAAAUCCUCAGACUCACCUGCAGUCCCUUGAUCUCAGGUGUCCUUGGGGAAAGGGAAAGGCGAGUCUGACUCUCAAUGACGUCUGAACGCCUGGAAUCAUGAAUACCAUAUUAGUCCUCUCAUAUCUACUGCUAACUUCGUCUACUCACACAACACUUACACUCUAGAUUUCUUCUUCUCACAGCAAACCGAAUCGAGUUCUCACUGAUCACAACGCCCUUCUCAUCAUGUCAGCCCGAAACGCAUACAGAGGGGGCCGCCUCGAAGACAUGGCCCCAACCGGCACCACCAUCCCCGACGAUGCCAGCGUACCACGCACCAUUUCCUCCGUUCCCCGUCCCGAUCAAGAUCCCAAUCACCGAGCCUACCACGGCGACGGGGCCGACAACCCGGAGGACAUCCCGCGACGAAACAGAGACCUCGGAACGACGGGAGAAGUAGUCACAGGCACGGGAGACCGUCUCCCCGUACAGGUGGAGAGCAAGAGGAUGCACUUUGAUCCGAACAACCCGGCGGCAAAGGGUCAUGAUCGAGCGGAGAAGCAUAGAACGGAUCACCAUGCUGAUGAUAUUGGGAGGUAUGGGGGGAAGGGAGCGGAGGUUGAUGUGCCGCCAGGAGAGGAAGGGUUGGAUCAGGAUACGAUUCGACCGCCGAAGACCGCUUAGGUUGAGUUUCCCAAUGUCGGGAUAGCUAAGUUGGGAAUGAGUAUUACGGAGCUAUCCCACAACAAAUUGAAUGCCUCGUGAUUACGGUAGCCGGUAUGUCCAUAUCAUUUCUAGAACAAAAACCAAGAACAUGCCUUCAU